UCCCGGCAUGAAACCUGAUGAAUUAGUCAAUCCUGGCUUGUGAUUAUUUAAAAACAAUACAAUAAAACAAGCAGAGGCCAGCCGCGAUGGCUAUGCUGUGGCAGAAAACAAAGGAAGGGGUAGAAACAGGGUGCCUAAGCCGGCAUGGUGUCAUAGGCGGGGGAAAGGACGGGAGGUGUGGUGGUGAGGGUGGUGUAAGUGCAGGAGGAGCUGCCAGUAGGGGUGGCAGUUGCGUUGGGGUGAUGGGCAAUGGGGAAGAAGGGAGGGGUGGUGGGUGGGGUGGUGUAAGUGCAGGAGCAGCUGUCAGUAGGGGUGUCGGUUGCGGUGGGGUCAUGGGCAGUGAGGAAGAAGGGAGGUGUGGUGGUGAGUGCGGUGAAGGCAGGAUGGUUCUUCGCCCUGGUUUGCAAAUGGGUGGACCGGCAGCAGAAACAAUUCUCGGGGAGGAUGGAAAGCCCAAACUGCGGCAGCUGCUUGGGAUCCCAGUUCGGGAGCCGAUUGCUCGACCGGCAAAGAGGACCGAUUACAGAGUCGCUUAUGCACAGACCGAGACACCGUUGGUGAUUGACAACGGCACAUAUCACUGCCGAGUUGGAUGGGCUGGGGAGAAGGAACCAGUUCUUGAUUUCAGAAACCUACUAUUCAGGCCACGUUCAAAAGCGACUGGAGAGCCAGUGAACAUAGUGGGGGAUUAUGAUGCCCUUUCUGCAAAAGGCUAUGACCUUCCCAGGGCAUCUGUGCGCUCAGCUUUUGACGGAAACGUUGUGUAUCAGUUUGAGACCCAAGAAACAAUCUUGGACUAUGCAUUUGACAGGCUCGGGAUUGACGGUGGCAGAUUGCUGGACGAGUUCGCCGACAUCUUCGAGUCACCUACCGGUGUGGUGCCGGAUCGGCCGAUCUCUCACGAGAUCAUCCUUGAGGCCGGUGCCGUGCCGCCGAAAGGUUGCAUCUAUCGGAUGAGCAAGGAGGAGCUUGAGGUCCUUCGCGCACAACUCGACGACUUGUUGACCAAGGGCUGGAUCCGCCCUAGUAGCUCCCCAUAUGGAGCACCAGUUCUCUUCGUCUGGAAGAAGAACAAGGAGCUACGAUUGUGUAUUGAUUACCUCAAGCUCAACGCGCAAACCGUCAAGAACGCGGGGCCUCUCCCUCGCAUCGACGAUCUUCUUGAGCGAUUGGGCGGCGCAAAGUAUUUUUCUAAGUUGGAUUUGAAACCGGGAUAUCAUCAAAUCUCGAUCCGGCCGAUUGAUCGCUACAAAUCCGCGUUCAAGACGCGGUACGGGCAUUUUGAGUGGGUGGUCAUGCCUUUUGGCCUCACCAACGCCCCGGCAACCUUUCAAGCGGCAAUGACCAACGAGUUUCGUGCAAUGUUGGACCGGUUCGUGCUGGUCUACUUAGACGAUAUUCUCGUCUAUAGCUGGACAUUGGAGGAUCAUCUUGGCCAUCUUCGACGAAUGUUGGAGACGCUCCGCCAUGCCAAGUACAAGGCCAACCUCGACAAGAGCAAAUUUGUCCGGCAAGAGCUGGAAUACUUGGGCCAUUUUGUCACACCGGAGGGCAUCAGUCCGCUAUCGGACAAGAUUCAAGCCAUCCAAGAGUGGCCGGAGCCUCGGAACGUCACGGAUGUCCGUUCGUUCCUUGGCCUUGCCGGCUACUACCAGCGUUUUAUCAAAGGCUACUCGAAGAUCGCGGCCCACUUGACCAAGCUUCAAUGUGAGGAUCGGCCGUUUGACUUCGGCGAGGAGGCGCGAGAAUCAUUUUUGGCUCUCAAAGCCGCGCUAUUGUCUGCGGAGGUGUUGCGCAUAUACGACCCGCUUUUGCCUACGCGCGUUACUACGGAUGCAUCCGGCCAUGGCAUUGGUGCCGUCCUCGAGCAACAUGAAGGUGUGGGCUGGCACCCGGUCAAGUAUUUCAGCAAGAAAGUGCCCGUCGUACAUUCCAUUGACGAUCCACGCAAGAAGGAGCUCCUCGCCUUCGUCCAUGCGCUCAAGCGGUGGUGGCACUUCGUCCUUGGUCGAAGCCAGUUUCGAUGGGUAACAGACAACAAUCCGUUGGUCUUUUACAAGACCCAAGACACCGGCAAUAGAACCAUCGCUCGAUGGAUGGCUUUCAUCGAGCAGUUCGACUUCUUCCCCGAUCACAUUUCCGGGAAGUCGAACCGUUUUGCGGAUGCUCUUUCACGGCGUCCGGAUCAUUGUACCGCGGUCUACUCAACCUUCGAGAUUGACGAUGACCUGAGGAACAACUUCAUCCGCGGGUACCAAGUAGACCCCGAGUUCCGCGACAAGUACGCGAAUUGCUCCUCUCCUAAUCCGGCGCCUUCUCACCACCGAAUCCAAGACGGGUACUUGCUUGUCCACAUGCGGGGGAAGGACCUUCUUUGUGUACCGAGUGAUUCUCACUUGCGUACACGGUUUCUUGUCGAGUUUCACGAUACUCCCGCCAUUUGGAGUCAAUCGCACGAUUGGCAGACUUCGCGAGCGAUUUUGGUGGCCCGGCCUUCUCGGCGACGUCACACGCUACUGCGAGUCAUGCGAGGUUUGCCGACGCUGCAAAUCCCGCAACCAUCGUCCGUACGAGUAGAGGCGCAGGUAGGAGAUGAGGUGGUGGCCAUACCUGCAGCGGCGGACUUACCUGAGCGCAUAGCUGGACGACGUGCCAGCGACCUGCACACAGACAUGCCGAGGCAGUUAGUACAUGGCAGCAGUUCCCUGCAGGUAGCCCAUCCUGUAUUGAUAACAGAGUGUCCUGGAAACCCCCUUUACUCACGAAGCAAAAUGGCAGAGCUUAUGUUUGAGGCCUAUGACGUGCCAGCUCUAGCUUUCGGAGUUGACGGUGUUUUCAGCCAUGUGCAUAACAGAAGAAAGGGUCUGUGUGGUGAUGAUGGAUUGAUUCUCAGCUUGGGACAUUCAGCAACUCAUGUCAUUCCAAUGGUGGGUGGUGAGCCCCUUUGGAGUGCGUGCUGCAGGGUUCCGAUUGGUGGUUUUCAUUCGACGGAUUUCCUGAAAAGAACCCUCUGCUUGCAAUUCCCACAACACAUAAUGGCAUUGACAUGGGAGUUGGCGGAGGAGCUGAAGAAGGCACACUGUUACGUUGCAGAAGAUUUUCUAGAGGAACUCCACAUCUACCAGCGACUCAGCAGCAGGACGACUCCAGCGGCAUCGAGUACAGCAUUGACGGUACCGGGUACCACCGGAGUUCUUCCCGCAUGCCCGGUCCAAGGGGCCGGUGAGCCGUUGGCAGAUUACCUACAGCGGGUACAGGCAUUCACCGAUGCCGUAGCAACCGCAAAGGCACAGGAGGAAGCAGAGGCGGAACGUCAACGGCUGGCCAAAGAGGCGGCAGCCCAAGCUCAGCAGACUGCUGAGGAUGACGCAGCAGCACGGGACCAACGGAAUGCCGCCAGCACGGAAUCCCUGAUUCAUAAUGAGAAUCAGUGGACAACGAUCCUCGACGGCAUGAUCUUUGUGCCUUCGGAAGAGCAGGCAGAUCCGACACCGGCGGAGGCAGAGAGGACUCACCUGGCUAACGUGAUGUUGACAAUGAUGCGAGCGAUCAUGUGGAACAAUACGAUGUUAGCAGUACAAAUACACGAAGGCAGACAGCUGCAACAGAUUCAGCAAGAGGAUUUUGCAGCCUUGUCAACAACUGUUCGCACUACCGCCACACAUCAGCAACAACAGCAACAGCUGUGGAACACCACCACCGCACAUGUCAGCAGCAUCGAGGCUAAGGCCGCAGCAGCGCCAGGCUGCACGACAGACGAGACGAAGCAACUCAACGGGCGCAUCGAUCACGUCGUSAAGCUCAUCGGCGACAUAGGUGUUUUCAAUGGGCCGGACACGAUCAGUAGCACGGUAGCCGCCAUCAAGACGGACAUCACCAAGCUACAAACGAGACCGGACGCCGCGACGAAGAGUUACAAGAUGCCACACUUCGACAUCAGCAAGUUCGACGACCACAACAAUACGGACGCCUUGGCAUGGUGGCAACGUUUCCUUACGGAAGCAUCCUGCCGCACUGUCCCAGACGACUACAUGAUGAAGGCGCUAUACUUACAGCUGAUUGGAGGAGCGCAGGCAUGGAUGAACCACCUGGCGGCUACCCACACAUGCACCAUCGCUGAACUUCACACGCACAUCACGUGGAAGGAGUUCGAGCAGCUAUGGUUCACCUGGUUCAUGGUCCGCAACGUUGUGAAGGCGGCCAUGAACGAGGUGUACACCUGCUCUCAAGGAAUUUGCCACCGCAACAAGGGUCGAUCUCGAGUCGCCUUCGGUGAACUGAAACCAUUGCCGAUUCCGCGGGCACCGCGCCUCUCCAUUGCUAUGGACGUGACAGGCCCGUUCCCCCGCGAUCGCCACGGCCAUGACGGUAUUCUCACGGUCGUUGACCGUUUGAGCAAGUAUGCUCGCUUCCUUCCUUGCAAGUAUCAUGUUGCAGCACCUGAGCUCGCACGACUCUUGCACACCGGUUGGAUUACCAACCAGGGUGUUCCGGAAGACAUAGUGAGCGACCGAGAUACUCGCUUCAUGUCAACCUUUUGGACUUCCCUCAUGGCUGAGUCCGGUACGCCUAUGAAACCAAGCUCGGCUCGGCACCCGCAGACGGAUGGCCAGACGGAGCGAGCACACCAAACCGCUCAGAUGAUGUUGCGUACGCUCAUUCGUCCCGACCAGAAAGAUUGGGUUGACCGGCUUCCCGACAUCGAGUUCGCCUAUAACACUUCGGUGCAUCCGGCGAUCUGCGUCACACCAUUCGAGCUACAUCAUGGUGGAGAGAAAGCRCGGAUUUUCGCCGAUCUCCUUUUACCACAGGCUGCCGACAUAGACGUCCCUUGCUCUCCCGCUUCCGUUCGGAAGUACCGGGAAUUGCUGAUCAAAGCCCGCGCAAAUAUGCAAAAGGCUCAGAUCCGCAUGCAGCAGCAGGCUAACCGACGUCGACUUCCAUGUCCUUUCCGCGAGGGAGACCUUGUUUGGGUCCUCUCGGAGGAAUUUGCGCUCGAGCAGGAUGUUUCGCGCAAACUCCUUCCGAAAUGGUUCAGACCAUGGGAAGUCACUUCUGCCGUUGGAGACGACCCCGCAGGUCCUUCCUUCGUGAUCAACAUCCCUCCGCACCUUACAGUGCAUCGGGUCUUCCACGCAUCAAAGCUGGCCAUCUACACGCCACCUUCAGAUGACGAGUUUCGCGGACGUCGAUCACAGGAUCCGCCCUCCAUGGACGGACAUCAGGAAGUKGACCGAGUCAUCACGCACCGCAAGUAUGGCAACAAGCCAAUGCAGUACAAAGUCACAUUCAAGCAAUGURCRCCUGAYGAUACUCGGUGGAUCUCUAGUGCAGACUUGCAGACUUCUGCACCCCUUAUCUUCGCCAACUAUGAGAAGACACGACUUGCCAAGGCAGCAGCUCGUCCCACCCGACCCAUCCCGGAUUCAAAUGCAGCAGAAGCCAGUGGGAAAGUACGGUGGAUACAGCUCCCCUGGAUGCCUUUGCUGGAGAAGGAAGAACCCACAGAGGAAGCACUCAAUCGUAAAGCGGCUUUGAGGGAGAAGCAGGGGCAACGUCUUCGGGAAUUAGCAGCUGCGAAGAAGGUGGCCAAGGUAGCACAGUUAGAGGCGGAGGUAAACAGCAUGGAGCAGCUGCUGCAGAGCAUCUCUACAAUGUCAGAGAGUCAAGGGAACUCUGUGUUGUCAGACGCAGGGUACGGCAGCAAGGCAGAGCUCCAAAGCUGCCUUUCAAAAAGUAUCGCGACGCUGCGGAAGACAAAGGGCGAACCUGUGGAGGAGGAGGACAAAGGCGCAGAAGACCCGGCAACCACCAACCCUUAUCCCCUGCUUGACAUUCCAGAUCAGGAGCUCACACCUGAGGAGUUGAAGGAAAAGAAGAAGCAAAGAUUUCUGAAGAAUGCGUCAGAGGGGAGAGCACGUGCAAAACAGAGAAAAGAAGAAGAAAGGAUGCAGAAGGAAAGAGAAAGGGAGCUUGAAGAAGAGAGGAGAAUAGCCAAUCCCGAACAGUAUCUGGAAGAGAUCAAAGCCAAAUACGUUGAGCUGCUGGAGAAGAGUGAGCAGAGAAAGAAGAGAAAACUGGCAUCGGGGGGAAACAGCUUGGGAAUUGCACCCAGCGGGAGAGGCGAGAGACUUACAGCAGCACAGAAGGAGAGAAUGCGUCUUCUUACGACAGCAGCAUUUGACAAAGGAAAGGGUGAAGACACAUUUGGUAUGCAUGAUGCUGACUGGCUUUUAUACAAGAAAAUCUCAAAGGAUGGCGACGACAUUGACGAGGAUGCAGAAGAAGAGGAGGCUGAACUUGCUCGUUUGGCCGCCCGGCUCCAAGAAUUGGGUUCCUCUGCUCCAUCUCUAGUGUCAGCCCCGGGCACAAACACCACCCUACCCUCUGCUGGAACACUUGUAGCAGGGGCAGGGCCCCAAGGGGGAAUUUCAACUGGCGCUCCAUCAGUAAGGCGUCGCCUUCAAGCAGAAGACUUCCAGAUUGCUCUCGGAACCGAACGAAUUCGCGCAGCAGAGCUUGUCUUCCAGCCUUCAAUUAUUGGACAAAAUCAGGUGGGCGUCGGGGAAGCUGUGUCAGCCGUGCUGCAACGUGUACCGGGCAACCUGCGGCAGCGAGUUGCAAAUGGUGUAUUUCUCAUAACUGGAGGUGCAUCCUUAAUGCAAGGGAUGGAAACCCGAUUACGAGCUGAGAUUCGCAAAGUGCAACCGAUGGACACAUCCCAGAAGAUUGCUACAGCAGACAACGUAGUUCUCGAUGCUUGGCAUGGAGCCUCCGUUUUAGCGGCUUCGCAGAAUUUCCAACGACAGACGUUCACAAAACUCGACUAUGAUGAGCGGGGACCCGACUGGCUGCGCAAGUAUGCAUUCAACCCCACUGAGCAGCAGGGUUUGAGGUGCGGAGAGAGAGGGGUGGGGGAGCAAGCGGAAGGCGAUGGAAUGGAGGUGGCAGCUGGGUGUAAGGGACCAGGGGAGGAGGAUCAGGCGCAGGAAGGGGAUCUGCAGGAGAACCAGAUGGUGAAAAUUGACCCCUUCCAACCUGCGUUUGACCCUGAACCGAUGGAGGUUGACCCGCUCCCGGAAAAUGCCUGCGCAGUGCCAGAAGGUCUACCAUGUGAGGAGGGAGAAGAGGAAGGGACCCCGCCGCAGCACCUGACGGUGGAGCAGAAACUGGUCGAUAUUGCAGACUGGUUAAUAAUCAACUUAAAGGCGAAAUAUGGCCCUCUCACAGACGACUUCUGGGACAGAACGUACCUGGGUCUGUUCCCCAUGUUGGACGCGAGCGCCGCGCUCAAAAACGUCCUGGAAAACGGUCUGCAAUCCAGUGUCAAGUGGACGGAAGCGUGGAACAGAGUGGCCUCCAUUGUGUUAGCAAGGUUCCAGCCGCCCCUUGCACCGCACCCAACAGCAGCAGAGGAGACAACGGUGAGCAAUCAGAUGGGGGAAGUCCCGCCCCUGCCGACCCUUCAGCCACCAGUCCCGCCACCGGACCCGGCCCCCCCGGACCUAGACGAGGACACACCACUGGAUCUUGUGAGAAGAAGGAAAUUAAGGCAUCUGAUGGAGAUGGGCCUGGACACGGGACCGCUGUCGCAAGAGGCGAUGCUGCUACUCCCGGUCCGAAAGAAGAACGGGAAAUGGGAGGUUGGCCUGACACCGGUUGAUAAUGGCAAAAUGAAAGGAGUCACACCGCAAGACUGGUUAAUGACCAACUUAAAGGCGAAAUAUGGCCCUCUCACAGACGACUUCUGGGACAGAACGUACCUGGAUCUGUUCCCCAUGUUGGACACGAGCGCUGCGCUCAAAAACGUCCUGGAAAACGGUCUGCAAUCCGGUGUUAAGUGGACGGAAGCGUGGAACAGAGUGGCCUCCAUUGUGUUAGCAAGGUUUCAGCCGCCCCUUGCACCGCACCCGGCAGCAGCAGAGGAGACAACGGUAAGCAAUCAGAUGGGGGAAGUCCCGCCCCUGCCGACCCUUCAGCCACCAGUCCCGCCACCGGACCCAGCCCCCCUGGACCUAGACGAGGACACACCACUAGAUCUUGCGAGAAGAAUGAAAUUAAGGCAUCUGAUGGAGAUGGGCCUGGACAUGGGACCGCUGUCGCAAGAGGCGAUGCUACUACUCUCGGUCCGAAAGAAAAACGGGAAAUGGGAGGUUGGCCUGACACCGGUUGAUAAUGGCAAAAUGAAAGGAGUCACACUGCAAGGUUGGUCCUCUUUUUGGGUAGGACACUACCGAUUUGAGGCAGCAGCCGGCAUCUUACAACUGCAGCUGGACACGCACGUUGCAGAGUUUAUGCUCCCCGGACCACAGGCCACUGCCCCCCUGAUAACAGACCCUAAUAGAGCCUCUCAAAGAGAUACCCUCAUCCGCUAUGACCCGGCCAAGGACGCAGGCCUAAGAUGUCACACCCAUUCCCAACUGCUGGAUAUGCAAACAGUUAAGACCAGGCCCAGCGAGGCAUGGACAGAACAGGACGUCCAGAGGCACUUGUGUGCCCUUCUCAGGCUGGGUCUCUGAGCAGGGACCGCGGACUAGGCUUGGGAUCAGCUGUCGUGGACUAGACUGUGACUAACAAACAGCCACAGCAAUG